AUGGCACAACCGUACUGGGGCCUUAGGGGCGAUCGACUCCAUCUCGCAGUGGCGACUCUUGCUGGUUUAGGAUUCCUUCUUUUUGGGUAUGACCAGGGAGUGAUGGGCGGGCUUCUGACCCUGCCGACUUUCGUAGACACAUUCCCGGCUAUGGAUACCACCUCCGGAAACCUCAGCGCGGAGGCGGCUUGCAGAGAUCAUCUCGUUUGA